AUGGCCCCCGUCGUAUAUCUAGUGUCUGGCGCAAACCGCGGGAUCGGAUUCGGUCUCGUGAAAGCCUUGUCCGCUCGCGAGAACACCGUCGUGUUCGCAGGAGCGCGCAACCCGGACGACGCCAAAGAUCUCCAGAAGCUAGCAGCCGAGCGACCGGGAAAGCUGUACAUCGUCAAACUGGUGUCGAGCGAUCUCAAGGGUAACGAAGAGGCCAUCUCCUUCGUGAAAGAAAAGGCCGGCCGUCUGGAUGUCGUCAUCGCCAACGCUGGGGUGAACCUUUCGGUCGGCCCUGCAUACCAGUCUUCAGAAGAAGACCUGCGGAAAACUUUUGACGUCAAUGUCGUCGGCACCUUCGUGUUGUUCAAAGCCGCAUUGCCGCUCCUCCAAGCUAGCAAAUCUUCGGGGUCCGCGCCCCCAAAAUUCGUUGCCGUGUCGUCGCAAGCCGGCGGUAUCGAUUUCGGGGCAAGUUUGCCGUUCCAGAGCACGCCGUACGGAGUAUCAAAGGCAGCCGAGAACUAUUUGAUCCGAAAGUUGCACUUUGAGCAUGAGAAGGACGGACUAGUGAUAUUCCCCAUAUGUCCUGGUGCGGUUGAGACCGAUAUGGCCAAGUUUAGCGCAGAGCGCGACGAAGCCGUACGCUCGAUGCAGUUCAAGACCGUGGAUGACACUGCCGCCUUGCUGCUGAAGGUUAUAGACAACGCCACGAGGGAGAACGAGGGCGGUCAAUUCCUGAACUUUGAUGGCGCAAAGAAUCCGUGGUGA